CCUCCCUCCCCCCCCCGGCGCCCUUCCCGCCGUCUCACCUCUCAGCCAAUGGGAGAGCGGGAUGAUGAUACUUAACCCCGCCCACCUCCCUUAGCCCCGCCCAUAAGCACACCGACAGCCAAUAGGACAGCGCGGUGGGCGUGGCUACGAGCAACGCCCCACCCAUUCCUCCCACACCGACCAAUGAGAGAACAGCAUGCCUCUUAGCCACGCCUUCUCCUUUUGGGCUCUGACCAAUGAGAGCAAAGAGGGGGCGUGGCCUCCAUUAAGCCCCGCCCCACGUUGCGCACGCAUCCUUCCCCCCCCCCCAUCCGGAGUCACCUUGCGGCCGCGCGACCCCCGGUGCCCCCCUCCCCCACUUCCGGUGCCCCCUCCCCUAUUUCCGGUGCCCCCUCCCCUAUUUCCGGUCCAAGAUGGCGGCGGAGCGGCCUCAGAGUUCACCGAAAGCCAUUAAGUUCCUCUUCGGGGGAUUGGCCGGGAUGGGGGCCACGGUGGUUGUGCAGCCCCUGGACCUGGUGAAGAACCGGAUGCAGCUGAGUGGGGCCGGGGGAAGGAGCAAAGAGUUCCGCAGCAGCGCCCACGCACUGCAGAGCGUCCUGAAACACGAGGGGAUACGGGGCUUGUAUUGCAGCCUGUCGGCGGGGCUGCUGCGCCAGGCCACGUACACGACGACGCGGUUGGGGAUCUACACGGUGCUGCUGGAGCGGCUGGCGGCCCCCGAUGGGACCCCGCCGGGAUUCCUCACCAAAGCCGCCGUGGGGAUGACGGCCGGAGCCACCGGGGCCUUCGUCGGGACCCCCGCUGAGGUGGCCCUCAUUAGGAUGACUUCAGAUGGACGGCUGCCCCCUGCCGAGCGCCGCGGGUAUCGCAACGUGUUUGACGCCUUAGUGCGGAUCGUGAGGGAGGAGGGAGUGCUGACCCUAUGGAGGGUAAAUUUGCCCCCAGGUUAUUUCCGGGAUGACAUCCUGUGCCAUUUCUGUGCCAGUAUGAUCAGCGGCCUCGUCACCACCGCGGCCUCAAUGCCUGUGGACAUCGCCAAGACACGCAUUCAGAACAUGAGAACUAUUGAUGGCGUCCCCGAAUACCGCAAUGGGCUGGACGUGCUGCUGAAGGUGAUCCGCCAUGAGGGUUUCUUCAGCCUGUGGAAGGGCUUCACGCCGUAUUACGCCCGGCUGGGCCCACACACCGUCCUCACCUUCAUCUUCCUGGAGCAGAUGAACGCGGCCUACAAGCGCCUGGUCCUCAGAGCUUGACCUCUGACCCCUGACCCCAGUCACCUUUGACCCCGAGGGGUUGACCUUUGACCCUAAGGGUGACCCCCCCCCCCCCCCGACCCCAGAGGGAGGGUCCCGUAGGGUGACCCCGAUGCUUGACCCCAUAUGGGGGUGAAUGUGUGACCUCCAGAGGGAGUGACCUCUGACCCCAUGGGGUUGACCUUUGACCCCCAGAGUGGAUGACCCCUGACCCCAUAGGGCUGACCCCAUGACAGCUGUAUGGGUUUGACCUUUGACCCCACGGGGUUGACACCUGACCCCAGGUCCCUUAGGAUGACCCCAUAGGGCUGAUCCUAUAAGACACAUAUGGGUGUGCACGCGUGA